GCUCUCCACAAGUUCAACUCUCAAACCCACUUGCCAAGGCCAAUAUUAUCAAGUUUGACAGCCAGCUACCUUCCUUCAAUUGACGACUGUGAGAUAGAGAAACCGAUAUCUACUGCAAUGGCGACAAUUGCGUGUGGUUUGGCUGCCGGUUUCUGUUACAGCAAAUCGAGAGUCGAUGGUCUCAAGCCAAUUAAUUAUUCUGCUGCGACACCAAGGCGUAUGGUGGCUGUAAGAGCUGAAGCUCAAGCUAUCAAUCCAGAAAUUAGAAAGGACGAGGAGAAGGUUGUGGACUCUGUUCUCGUUGCUGAACUCUCUAAACCCCUCACUCCUUAUUGCAGAUGUUGGAGGUCAGGAACUUUCCCUCUAUGUGAUGGAAGCCAUGUAAAGCACAAUAAAGCUACUGGCGACAAUGUUGGACCUUUGCUCUUGAAAAAACAGAAAGAGUAAAUAUUUUCUUUCUUAUUUUCAUUGUAGUUUAAUUUUCAUGUAUGCAUGGAGACAAUAUCAAUUUUUUGUUUGUCAUAACACUGUUGGCUCAUUCCAUGCUUGACUUUGUUCUUACUGUACUCUCUAGAGUUGUUGCCAUUUAUCUCUUGUGCAGAAUGUAAAACUGCAGCUUAUUAUGAGUUGAAAAACUGCGAAAUAAAAUAGUUUUGAACUUUUUCAAUUGAUAA